AUACUAAUAAUAAAUCGUAGGGUUGACAUGACACCGUCCUGGAGUGCACCUGCUAUGUAUUUACUUGCACUACCGGUUGAAUUUAUCAGCUGAAUUUCGUUUGAUGCUGGCUGAUGUUUCACUUUCUACCGUGUGUUUUCUUAGAGACAAUAGCAAACUAUUUAUUGUUGACUUUGGAAUCCAACGAGCAUAGCUUUCUGUUACUGACGGGGCAUUUGUUGGCGCUGUUUGAACGUACUUUAAUAGCAUUUAAUUCCUCCCAUUGCACGCAAAGACCUGCAGAGUCAGUUCUGGAGGAGACUGUCUUCUCUCAGAGGUAACCAACGAGGUGCGUCUGCAUGCUGCUUGUGUCGGCUGCGCUCUCUGUUUUCAGUGUUAGGGAUAGAACGGUAGCAGCUGUUUGGAGUUUUUUGACGUGAAUGCAUCCCGUGUUAGAAGUCUGUCUGCUUGAUUAGCUCAUUUUCUUUCCUUUGUGUGUAUUCCUGUUGUAACUCGUGUGUUCUGUUGCUUCAGAUUCGACCGGGACUCGAAAAAAUGCUUCGGCCGAGGGUCCAAGUCCGCACAUGUCUCAGGCCAUGAAAAAAACUAUCGGCCAUCGUGGAAUCGAUCCCACUGGAGAGACGACGUACAAGAAGACCACAUCAUCAGCUCUGAAAGGUGCCAUCCAGUUAGGCAUCACGCACACAGUCGGCAGCUUAAGUCAAAAACCCGAGAGAGACGUGCUGUUGCAGGACUUUGAGGUGGUGGAGAGCAUUUUCUUUCCCUGCGAGGGCAGCAACCUGACGCCAGCCCACCACUAUGGAGACUUCAGGUUCAAAACGUACGCACCAAUCGCCUUUCGCUACUUCAGAGAGAUGUUUGGCAUCCGGCCUGAUGACUACAUGUACUCUCUGUGUAACGAGUCGCUGAUUGAACUGUCGAACUCUGGAGCCAGCGGUUCUCUCUUCUACGUGUCCAGUGAUGACGAGUACAUCAUCAAGACGGUGCAGCACAAAGAGGCUGAAUUCCUACAGAAGCUCCUGCCAGGAUACUUUAUGAACCUGAACCAGAACAAGCGGACCUUACUACCGAAGUUCUACGGGCUGUACUGUGUCCAGGCAGGCGGUAAAAACAUCCGCAUUGCGGUCAUGAACAAUUUGCUACCGAGUGCUGUGCGAAUGCACCUCAAGUACGAUCUAAAGGGUUCCACCUACAAGCGACGGGCCUCGGCUAAAGAGAGAGACAAGGCUGUUCCCACCUACAAGGACCUGGACUUCAUGCAGGACAUGCCCGACGGGCUGCGGCUGGAGGCGGACAAGUACAGCGCUGUUUGCAAGACCAUCCAGAGAGACUGUCUGCUCAUGCAGAGUUUCAAGAUUAUGGACUACAGCCUUCUGGUGGGAAUUCAUAAUUUAGAUCAGGCCUGUCGAGAGCAGGCGAGUGAAGAGGUGCUGGCCGGAGCUGGGGCCGGGGCUGGAGCCGGAGCUGGAGCCGGAGCCAUGGACCAAAGGAGGCCGCAGGGCCAGAAGUCCUUGUACAGCACCGCGAUAGAGGCCAUUCAGGCAGAUACAGGCAGCAUGGGGUCGCUGGACACGGAGGACAAAACGGGAGGAAUCCCUGCACGGAACUCAAAAGGCGAGAGGCUGCUGGUUUACAUCGGUAUCAUCGACAUUCUGCAGUCCUACAGAUUAGUAAAGAGGCUCGAACACUCCUGGAAAGCUCUGGUUCAUGAUGGGGACACUGUAUCAGUACACAGACCAGGUUUCUACGCAGAACGAUUCCAGAAAUUCAUGUGCAAUACAGUCUUCAGGAAGAUUUCAUCAAAACCCUCCCCGUGUAAGAAGCGCCGUGCACUGACCCACGGUCCUCCCAAGAGAACAGGCGGGCCUCCUCUGUCGACCCAAACCAGCAGCACCAGCAACCCGCUGCCUUUACUCCAACAUCAGGUCAGCUCUGACACCAGAGAAGACGCUGAUGCAGACAAUGUCAUGCCAUCAGGUCGUCCUGACCUCCUCCCAAAGACCUUACUGCCCAGCGAUUUUGUUGGCAACGCUUCUGAAGCCGCCGAGUCUUCCUCCUUGGGAAACCCUGAAUCUGCUCCCACAAGUCAGCCUCUGCCGCCUCCUUCUCAGGAUCCCUCCAGAUCAGUGGAAGUGGCUUUAAACAACUCAUUGAGCAAAGACCAGGAGCACAGCACCCCCAAGAGAGCUCAGUUUGGGACUCUUGAAGAAAGUGUCGGUUCUGCGGAUGUGAUCUCACUCAGUGACAUAAUUCCUAACGCAAGCAAAUGUGCUGUGUAGAUGUGGGACCUGAACUCAAACGCACCAAAACUAAACCCGGAGGACGAUCUGAACUAGAAUGUUUCCACGCCCUUGGUGUGAUUUGAGGUACCAGAAUUAAAACAAAGGUUAUGCAGCACAUCAUUGAGAUUUGUAUGAGAUGAUUUUUUUUUCUUGUUUUAUUUUAUUUUUUUUGCACUUUAUUUUCCAAAUCUCAACAUGGUAUGUAAGUAGGCGGUUGUGUUCUGACACUAGUAAUUGCAGGUACAUUAGUGCUGUGGUCACAGAACACUAUUAUUCAUCUCAUAGAAAUGCCUGUAUUCAUCACCAAAGAUUGUUUUUGUCACUGAACUGAGCUCAGUUAAGCCAGCGUUCAGUGUAAAGUGUAACACAAAGUCUUAUUUGAGAACAGAUUUUUUUUAAUUGAAGCCUAGUUAUUUCAAAUUCAUUGUCCUUUUUGGAAUUAAUUCCUGUGUUGCUGUAGCACAGCCUCAUGCAAGCAUCUGUCCGUCACAGAGAGGCCUUGAGUCCAGAGUACUGUUUCUGCUACAUGUUUGAACACUUUAACACAAAGCCAUGUUCUAUGGACGUUUUAAAUAAAAGAUUUUCUUUUUAAAGAAAUUACUGUACAUAUAUAUAUAUAUAUGUGGUUGGUAAGCUCCCCUUUUUU